AUGGAGGAGAAUGGGAGAGGCAAAGUUGUCUUGGAAUUAGCAAAGUCCAGUGAGAUUGAAGCUGCUGUCCUUUGCCAUCCUUCUUUUGUAAAUGUUGAUGAUAUGAAGGGUGUUAAAUGUCCUAUAUCAAUACUUGGGGCUGAGAAUGACCAUAUUUCUCCGCCUGAACUGUUGAAGCAGUUUGAGCAGGCUUUAUCUUCAACAUCUGAGGAAAGACACAUUGUAAAGAUAUUUCCUGGGGUUGCUCAUGGAUGGACUGUCAGACACAAAGCCGAUGAUGCUGCAGCUGUUAAGCGCGCUCAAGAGGCACAUCAGGACAUGCUGAACUGGUUUAUCCAACACGUCAAGAAAGAACAUGUGAACUAAAAUACUUCUUAUUCACUCGAUGGUCUCGUCGGACUGUCUAUUAAGGUGUAAUUCAGACCUUGUGUUGAAACUUUGGAAGAUGGAUGUUCUUCCUGACUGGUUGAAACUACUAGUAAAUUCUGAAGUCUAAUUCCUAUGAUGGGGAUUAGCAAAUAGCUGUCCCCUGUAAAAUGAAAGAUUUUCAACUCGUUUAUCUGAUCAUAGCACAACUUAUUUUGUUUUUC